GCCUCCUUCGAUCUGCUUCUCUCCACACUCGGUGACCACCGAGCCUUGCAGAUUCCAGGCUGUCUCCUCGCACAUCAUCCUGACGUAUCAGCUUGCAGAGCCUUGUGUUAGCUUUCAAGAUAGGUAGCUUCCGAAAGACUUACUUCGUCAAUGUACGAUAUACCUCAAAGGUACGUGAAGCAUACCAGAUUUCUUCCCUCAUCACACAACAAACACUCAAGUCUUCAAUCUGCUCAAGACCAAGACAACAACUUCCCUUUUCACAGUACCCGAAAAACACUUACGCCACAAUGCCUGCCAUCACUGCUCAACCUAUCGGGGCCUCCAACCAUGGCCUUGGAGCUGUCGUUAACGACGUAGACCUCAACAACCUCUCCGACGCGGACUUUACCGCUCUCCGCAACGCUGUCUACAGCUACAAUGUGGUUUGCGUCAAGAAUCAAUCGAAAGUCACCCCAAAGACUCAAGCUGAACUCACCCGACGCUUCGAUCCAGAAGCCAUGUCCUAUGGCCACGGAAAGACCAUCGAUGCCAAGCGCUCCAUCCUCCAUCCCGACCUGAAGACGGUACCUCACCAGCCUGAGGUUCAGGUCAUCGGCAACGGUUUCGUUCCCGAGUACGAGGGCCUGAAGAAUGUCACCCUCAAGCACCCUCACCACCGCACUUUCCACCAGACCGUCAUUCCCGAUGAGAAGGAUCUUGACUACACCCGCUUUUACCGUUGGCACAUCGAUGCCGCUCUCUACGGCGAGCUCAACCCACCAAUGGUCACCACGCUGCUGGCAGUCAAAGUCCCCGCUGGCCGAACUCAGACUCUUCUGUACGACGAUAACAGUAACGAUGAGCUCCAAGUGCCUUUGGGAACCACGGCCUUUGUGUCUGGAUACAAGAUGUUCGACCUCCUCAGCGAAGAGCAGAAGGAAUUUGUCAUGACCUCCAAGAUCGAGUACGCACCACAUCCAUACGUAUGGAUCUCAACCGCCAAGUCACGAUCUGAUGGUCUGGGAAUCGUGUCCGAGGGCAAGGAAGUGCCCCUUAACGACCUCCCUCCCGUUGAGCAUGCAAACCACAUUCAAAUCCUCCCAAUGGUUUGGCGCAACCCUGUCACAGGCCAAUAUGCACUCCAGAUCCACCCCUCUCCUGUCCGCAAGAUUCAUCUACGCAACGGCAGGGUGAUCGACGACCUCGAGAAGGUCCGGGAGAUUGUGCACGAUCUGCAACGACCCGGUAUCGCACCCGAACUGGUGUAUGCACAUGACUGGGAAGAAGGCGAUUUCGUGCUGUUCAACAACCAGGGUGUCUUGCACAGUGUGGUUGGAGCCUUUGACAAGGAUGAGGUCAGAUUGUUCAGACAAUGUAACUUGGCUGCAAGCCGGAGACCUGUUGGGCCAGACGAUGCUUGAGUCUGAGAGUGAUCGUCCUGGAUGUUGGAUUUUGUCGAGCGUUUGAGCAUGAAUGAACGAAUAUAGAUAUGUGGUGCUUGAUAGAUUUGUCUAGAUAC